CUCAAGGCCUUGAACGCUCUCGUUGCCACUUUCCCGGAAGACAAGCGACUUACAAUGGCCGAUACCCACGGGAACGCGUUCAAUUUCCCUUUCAAGGCGUUCAAGAAGAACCAUCACCUCACCUACCCCGACAUUACCGUAUCGUUUCCCGGGGAAACGAUCAGCGACCCUGCGACGUGGAAGGAGAUCUCGAUGGUCAUGGAAGUCAAGGCGCACGAGAAGGAUGACCCGUUCGCGUGGACUGGCCAAAAACAAAGUCUUACAACCCAGCAGCUGGCCAAAAACGCGAGGAACCUCCUUCUCGCACACGGUUUUCUCUCCGCGUUUAUUGUCGGCAUCUAUGGCAGAACUGUCCGUCUCAUUCGCUUUGAUCAUGCUUGCGCCCUUGUCGCCCCCCCGAUCAGCUUGGCCGCUGGAGCGGGAGGCGUGAAACUCCUCAAGAAGUUCCUUUGGCACUUUGUCCAUCCCGUUGUCGGAAACACAGUCGUCGGCUGCGACCCUACCGUAGCAAGGCUCGGCCCGGAGGACCAGGUGUGGGUGAAGGAACGGCUGCGUGAGAUGAGCGCGAAGAAUUGGGACAAGCAUGUAGGUGAGCUGGAUAUGGGUCGACGGGUCGAAGUCUACGACCAGAAGACUGGGAGGUGUGUUCCGUACGUUCUCUACCACCUGGUAGAUGCGAACGGCCGGUUAUUCUCGCGAGCGACGAUGGUCUGGCGCGCCAUUGAGGAUACUCGUGUUUUCAAGGACGGACACCUCGUCCACGACCCAAGCUCUACGAAGGAGAUCAAACCCAGGAUCAUGAAAGAGUCUUGGCGUCAACUCGUUCGAACGGCGGAGUCGGAGUUCUACGAGCGGCUCGACGCGAGGAUCCAAGGGAAACGGCGCGGGAUUGCUACUAUGGAAUGCGGCGGCGAUAUCGGAGUGUUCGAGUUGCGAUGGAAGGCCAGGGCAGCGCAAAGGCCAUCGGACAAUGCGCUCUCCGGAGAGGGUGGUACACAUUCAAGCACCACGAUGGAGUCGUUGGAUCCGCAUGAAAGCUACUUGCCCUUCUCUUCUAUCGGGAGCGGGCACGUGAAGACGUCGGUCCCCCCGGCACCAGACCAUCUCCCCGAACGGGACUACCCCCUCCAUCAAACGCAGCACCAAACCUAUUCUUGGCGUCUCUUGGGCGACGAAUACUGGCACCGAGAGCGCAGCCACAUGAGGAUAGUUAUCGAAGAAGUCGGGCGUCCUCUCACGGAGUUCAUUACGACGCAGGAGCUGGUCUUAGCUAUCAGGGACGCCAUCCGCGGUCACAAGCAGGCAUGGGAAGAAGCCCGGGUGUUGCAUCGAGAUGUCAGCCUUGGGAACGUUCUCAUCCUGGACGAGCGUGAAGACGAUGAAGACGAAUAUGGAUUUAUGCACGACCUCGACUAUAGCGCUAUUGAAUCUACCGAAGACGAAGGGAGCACUACACAGGAGAACAUAUCGGGCGAUGAUGGCGCUGAUUUCGCGGAAGACGAUGAGGCUGAUGUCACGAACGAUGAUGGGGAUGAUAUCGUGCGGCACAAAGAGCGCACAGGAACGUACUAUUUCAUGGCCAUGGACCUCGUUAACCCUGCGGAACUUGUCUCGGGUGUGCUUCAUCUUCCUCGCCAUGACUUGGAGUCGUACUACUGGGUACUUUUGUGGGUGGUGUUGCGACACACCAACUGCAAGCGGCCGACACUGCACCGGUCCGGAAAGGCAGCUUGCGCAGAUCUCUUCAAGCAGGACGACUCAUACAACCACAAACUGGCUUGGGUGAUGAACUUCAGCAAGGUGCCGCUGGUCAUCAUCGCCAAUGUUCCCCUCACGACGCUCGUCGCAAGAUUCUCAGACCUGAUCCACAAGCAGGCCUUCGGCGGUAUUGCUUUUACGCAUAAAGAUGUUCUCCUUGUCUUCGACCAAGCUCUCGCAAUGGAAGGUUGGCCGAAAGAAAGCGACUGGAUCCCAUGCGAUCUCGACACCGACUUCGACAUCCGCACUGUGAAGCC